CCUAUGUCAUCCUUUGUGAGGAGACAAACCCUGACUGAAAUGUAAUACUUGUUUUUCCAGUUCACGUCUAUUGUGUGUUGUUUAAAAGUGGGGCAUUAUAAGAAACAGCUCCUCCAGUGCUGCUCACUAUGACAAAGAAGAUGGUGGAUUGUGGGGAUCUGAUGUUAAAUGGUUUGGGUAACCUGCCUUUUUUACUGCUUCUUGGAACAAUUGGUUCUUUGGGGGAAUCUGGGCCAAGGAAAACAGCACCCACCAGGUCAUCAGCAGAUCAAUCGCUCCCUCAGCAUUUCUUCACUACAGUCAUUCCAAUGCUGACUCCAAAUGACACCGACAUGACAGAAAACAAUGUCAGAAGAAGGAGAAGCUCUUCCUCGGCUGACACUGAAGACUCUGCUUUGCCUCUCAAGUUUCUGACUGCCACUCAUCUUUCUGCUCUCAGACAUCUGAUUUCUGACGAGAAAAUCACAGUUCGUUUAGGUCUCCGUGUCUCUCUCACUGGUCCAGGGGAGCUUCUCGACCCUCAGCUCCUCCUUUCCAUGAACAAAGAGCCAGGAAUCUACAACAUUGGAGAGAAGGCAGGACUAUUUUCAAUGAGAAUAGUGGGAAUAAAGAGAGUGACCUUCGCACCAUGAUUGUAUCACCCACAGUCCACCACCUCUGUUCCCACAAUCACUUGUAUUAUGUAUGACAAAUCGAUUUACAUUUUUUUUACAUUUGUUCUUGAAUCCCAUGUUACUUUUGAUAUAUCCUCAAGUUAAGUCAAGUGUGUACUGUCAUUUGCACAUUUAAAAAAAGUUGCUAUUACUGUACAAUACAUUUCUUUCUUUGCCCUCCUCACUGCAUGCAGUUGAAAAUAAGUUACUAGAAAAUAAAUACAAGAAAAUAAAUACAUAAAAACCGCUUAUAUGGUAUUGUUUAAUUUAAAAUAACUGAUACGUUUUCUAUAACAGUUUACCUUCAUUAUCUCGAAACAAGCAUGUGUGGGUGGCAAACAUGGCAGUUGGUCCUGCCCACCAAACUGACCAGCCAAUAGGAAUCGACGCUGAGUCUCUAUACCCACGCUUGUUGACCGUGUGCAUGUUUGAGAGGCGGCAGUGACUGGCUUGACGGCUCGCUGUAAAUAAAAGGGAUUCGCGCCGACGUAAUUCCGCUGGGAUGGCAGAUUUCCUGGAGGACACGACGCUGCCCGAGGAGGAGAGGGAGUUUAGGAAAACUAUAGCUUUGAUCGGAGGUAAAGAGAGGAUUUAUUUGGUCAGUGAUACCGGUAAAAGUAAAGAUGUGGACGGGGGUGACUCUGGAAUAUUGCAGGAGUUUAUCAAUGACAUGUUUCACUACAGCAACGGGGAGUUCACAAACUCUCCUUCAGGCAUGCACGGCGAUACUGCAAGUAUAUACCCUGUUUGCGGAAAAACCGAGACUAAAAGCCAUGAAAUACCACUAAAAGCGAGGCCUAUGGAUUUGGAUUCGGGAGCCUGUCCGGUGGUUGAGGACGUGGAGAAAGGAAAUCCGACGCGCAAUGGCACCGCUAAGAGAACAGCAACGAGGAGAGCAAACAUUUACAGCCGAAAGCGAACUAUAGACUCUCCUGUCAUCAUAUUCGUCUUCAGACAGACAUUUCUAAGCAAAAGUUCCAACGAAUUGUACCUAAAAGAGACACUGAAGGACGUAAAGGCACGUACGAAACGUGCCAGAAUCGCCAGACCAGCUCUGAUUGGAUUAAUACGCACCGGAGAGGAGAGCGCCGAAACGCAUCAGUGUGCGCAACUCCUGGAGAGUCUGAUCCGCUCUGUGUUCCACAAACAGUCUCCAGAGACAAUAUGGGUCGGCUGUUUUAUCCCUAAGACAGAGGCCAAAAUCCUCAGCAUCAAGAAAAACGCCUGCAAAGUCAUAUACUCAUCCCAAACAGCAGAUAAUACCAGGGAUAGAGGGAACCCGCUUCUCUGGCCAUUCCAAUGUUUGUCCUGGGAUCAUAGGAGAGGCCAGGCCAACAACUCUUCAAACGGCAGGCAAAGAGAUCACACCGGAAGUAAAGAGGAGGGUAUCCCUCUGAAAACCAUUUCCCUGUCGGCUGGACCUCAAGUGGAUGGAGGAGACAGCUGAUGUCAUGACAUGUGACCUGCAGCUGCCAGCAUAUCACUGCAGACAAUCAUUCUGUCUUAACUUUCAAGAACCAGUUAGCCUCAUCUGGUUAGAGAGCCCUAUUACAUGUAACACAGUUUAUUCAUAGUGUUUAAUAUUCACAUCGCAUCUAAUCAAAUGUUGGUAAAUAGUCCAAUCUGUUGUAAUUUAGCAGAUGUACACCUGAUGCACAAUGGUAUUAACUUUCACAUAAUUUAACAAAACAUUUUGAGGCCUAAAUAGAGAUGUGUCUGUUAUUUUAAAACAUUUAAACUGCAAUAUGGCUAAGUUACAGCAACAGUACUCUUUUAACAUGAUGCAUAGUCAAGUACAGGGCUUGAUUGCCAACUGGUCCCACAACUCUAAUGCUCUUAAAAGGCCCAUGUUUUUGUGUCAUCUGGAAUACACAUUAACAAAGCACAACAGACAUAAAUAGGGCCUUUGUUGAUGGGUCUUUUUUAUUUGUAUUUAACUUGGACGAUCCAGCAGGUUAAUCCCGCCACAGUUACAGUUGUGAAUCUGUUCUUAUUUUUUACAUUCAUUCAUUUGAAAUGUGUGCCUUAGAUUAUUGCUUUUCGCAAUAGCAUUAUCUGCGUCUGGAUGUAACUGCUUUUCACUCACUAUGUAUUUAUGUAGGCUACUGGUCUGUACAUUCAAAUAAGUAUGUAAAUAAACAGAUUUAAUUUUGUGUCAUUGUGACAUUCAUUGGCUAUUCGUUCAGACUAAAAGGAUAUUAAGGGUUUCUGUUGGCAACUGAGAAUAAACUGUACUGUCCUAUAUUUAGUAAUAUUACUGAUAUGUCCUAUGUAUGUGAUUUCUUUGUAAGCUGAAAAUCAAUAAACAUAUUGAUGAAAAAAA